AUGAGCUGUUUUAGACCUCACAUUUAUCCUGGAGAGCCGCUCGACGCCGAAGAUUCAUUUCGCCUGCUUGAACUUCAGGCGGGCCAGUCUGAUGACUCGCUGGCUAUUCGUCUCCUAACCUGCUCUAUCGGAAAUGCGCAGUACGAGGCCGUCUCUUACGUCUGGGGUGACACGUCUCUAACCUCAGAGAUACACGUCCUUCCUUCCGAUGGCAGUAGUAACAGUCUCCAGAUAUCUGUCACCGCCAAUUGCUAUGCUACUCUGCGGUCGCUCCGAAUGAAAGACAGGCCACGCAUGUUGUGGGUCGAUGCUAUAUGCAUCAACCAAACACUAGUGGGCGAGCGCAACCACCAACUGGCGCUCAUGACCCGCAUCUACCAUGGCGCAGACUCCAUUAUUGUCUAUUUGGGGGAGAGCGCCGACAACAGCGACACAGCUUUGGAUUGGAUCCAAGAUCUUGACCAGCCUACUGACUAUAGCAAAUAUGAAACAUUUAGCCGAGGCUCGAAACUCCCUUCCGUCGACAGACCAUCUGUAGAGGCGCUCUUUCGACGUCCCUGGUUCCGCCGUAUAUGGGUGUUACAAGAGAUCACUCUAGCUCGGAAGGCAGUUGUGGUGUGCGGAAACCGGCAGGUUAGCUGGGACAGUUUUCGCGCUUUCGGCCAUUGGAAUCGCAACGAGCGUUGGAUAAAGGCUCUCCCUUACUCUAUCGAAUACGCUAUUUCUGAUCGUUCAGAUUAUUCUAAUUUCAUCACGUACACAACUCGGCUGUUCAACUUUCUCCAAGCCACAAGGUCUUGUCUCGCAACGGAUCCGCGAGACAAGCUAUACGCCAUCCUCCCUUUACUCGAUUGGGAGCAUCAGCGAAUGAUAUUGCAACUCAAAGAUUGGCCGGCACAUCCACGUUACAACCACUGUACUAAACCAGACGAAUCACUACUGUGUAAAACACUCCCGAUUCGAGCAAACUACCAUCGUUCUGUCCAUGAAGUGUAUACAGAGCUUGCGGUAGCGCUCCUGCCUGAUUUCGGGCUGGAUACACUUCAACUUGGGGCAAACGAACGCCUCGUGGCCAAUUUACCAUCUUGGGUCACAGACUGGACCGCUGUACCGAAAAGUAACUUCUUAUUCCAACGAUCGUUCAGGACAGAGAUCGAUCGGCCGUUCGCGGGAUUUAAAGAGAGACCAAGAUACAAGUGGGGAUCAAAAGAACUGCCUCCAGAGGUCCCACGGCCAUGGACUGUUAUAGAGCCUGACUCUAUCAAUCAACAGCCACUAGCCCAACUCCGAGUCAGAGCCGUGAGGGUUGGUGCAGUUGCUAUGAUUGGUGACACCUGCGACAUUCGCAAUGACAUAUUCCCAAUAGCGCAGUGGGAAGGGCUUGGAUCUAGCUCAAGAUGGUGGCAUGAAGAGCCGGAAACACCUCAUAAUACACCAGGCGUCUCUUAUUGGUUCAAGAGCAAUGGUCCUCCUCCGCUUCCACCUUUCUUGAGAACGCUAGCGGCGGACUCAAUCAAGUACCCGGAGGUGGUAAGAAGUGCAGUCAAACGUAUAAAACACUACACCGGAGAAGAAGUUGAGCACAGAAAACCAGGGCAACCGAGAAACACGCCCUGGAGGGGAAUGGCCGUCCUAGUCAAACAGGAGUCUACUGCAAAGAUGCCGAUGCGGGAUAUCUUCCAAGGAGCACCAAGUUAUGUGCGGCAAGCCCAUAACAUCUUCGAAGCUUGUGAUGGACGGAGGUUCUUCAUCACUGACACCGGGUAUAUUGGACUAGCCCCCGAUAAUGCAGCUGUUGGCGACUCGGCUUUCGUCCUAGAAAGUUGCAGCGUUCCCUUCAUCCUCAGGGAUUCAGUCAUGCCGCAGCUUAACAAAGUCAAUUCCAGCGCCUCUACUAAAGGAGCAAAAGACUCAGACAGCGGUUGUCGCAGUAUGAUUCUAGUGGGAGAAUGUUGGAUUUACGACAUGAUGGAAGGCCAGGUGUGGGACAAGGUGGCGGACGUUACGGACCACAUGUAUUUGGAAGAUAUCGUCCUACAAUAG